UGCACAGUACUUGUAACUAAAAACUUUCCAGAGACUUUGAUACCACUUUAUUGCCCUGAAAAGACCCUGUAAAGUAAGAUUAUAUAAAGGUUACCCAGUGGUGGAAACAGAUUUUAUACCUGUUCUCACGGUACAAGCUGACACAGAUCUCAACAGCAGAAUGAAGAUUAUUGCCGUUAUUGGACUAAUCGUGAUUUUGGUCCAUGUUGGAAGCUCCUUGUUAAUUGGAGCGUUCAACAUCAAAUCCUUUGGAACCACAAAAGCAUCAAAUGCAACUCUGCUUGAUAUCAUUACCAAAGUUGUGCAUCGAUAUGACAUUUUAGUUAUUCAAGAGGUGAGGGACACUGAUCUUAGUGCAACUAAAAAACUGAUGCAAAGUGUUAAUGGAGGUUCCUCUGAAUAUCAGUACAUUGUUAGUGAGCCCCUGGGUAGAAGCACUUACAAAGAGAGAUACCUCUUCAUUUACAGGGAUAAGGUUGUGUCUGUGGCAAACAGUUUCCAAUAUGAUGACGGAUGUGAGCCCUGUGGAACUGAUACAUUCAACAGAGAACCUUUUGUUGUGAUGUUCUCCUCUAAUACAGCCGUCCAGAAUUUCGCCCUCAUUCCCCAGCACACAUCACCAGAAGUCGCUUCACAGGAAAUUGAUGCUCUGCAUGAUGUCGUCCUUGAAACCAAACAACAUUUGAACACAAACAACAUCAUGCUUUUGGGAGACUUCAAUGCCGGCUGUAGAUAUGUUUCGAAUGCAGAUUGGUCAAAAAUACGACUCCGCACAGAACCAAUGUACAACUGGCUCAUCUCUGACAGCAUAGACACAACUGUCACACACACAGACUGCCCUUAUGAUCGGAUUGUGGCCACCUCUGACAUGAUGAGUGCCGUGUCUCCUGGAUCUGCGCAGGUAUUUGACUUCAUGGAAGCUCAAGGAUUAAGCCAGAGUUGGGCCCUUGCAGUGAGUGAUCACUUCCCAGUUGAGGUCGAGCUGAUGUGAAACAGAUCAAGAUUGUUUUUAUGCGGCAAAUAAACAGUAGACUAAUACCUGAUGUUAAACGACGUGUGACAUUGUUCUACUUUUGAUGAAUAAAAACAAAUCACUUGCAUUGACAA